UUCAAUUUAGGAGUCAGCUGAUGUUGACGCAUUUUAGCGAUAUCUUCGGAAAACUCUGUCAGCCACCAGCCAGUGCAAAAGCAACACAGCAGUGAAUCAUUCUAGUUGUAUUACAUUUGCAUAGACGAUUGCAACCGAGACGUUUACACGAUGAGUUCAGCCGUCUCGCCCGAGCAGAAGAACAACGAACGAAGACAGCAGGUCUUUCUCGGACCGCUGCCCUCGGACUUCUUGCGCAUCAAUGUGUCCGCCCAGCAGCUGCAAGAAGCGGCCGACAGACAGGCGGCCAUCGCCCUUCAGCAGCAGUACUCGGGGGUGCCCGCCUACCCCCAACCCACCUGCUUGGGAAAACUCAACGUCACCGUUGCGCAGGCAAAACUAGUUAAAAACUACGGAAUGACGAGGAUGGACCCUUACGUGAGACUCCGAGUUGGACAUUCUGUUUACGAAACUCACACUGACAACAACGGAGGGAAAAACCCGCACUGGAACAAGGUUGUGCAGUGCCUUUUGGCCCAAAAGGUCAACAGCAUCUACCUUGAAAUAUACGACGAAUGCUCCUUCACGGUGGAUGAGCUGAUUGCCUGGGCCCACAUUCCCAUUCCUGACGCAGUGAUGAACGGCGAGACAAUCGACGAGUGGUACGCCCUCAAUGGCAAGCAGGGCGACCAACAAGAGGGCCACAUCAAUCUUGUCCUCAGUUUCACGGCAGUGACUGCUAACAUGCCGCAGUCGUACUCGCUGCUGUACCAACCUAUGUCGGCUCCUAUGGUGAUGGUGCCUUCAGCCACUGGCUACGGCGUGCAGCCGAUUCCUGUCUAUCAAAUGCCCCAACCCAUGCCCCCCGUGCAGCAGCAGCAGCAGCAACCUGCCCCUGCCCCUCAAAUCACUGAGGAGGAGUACAAAAUGAUAGAGGAAAUGUUCAAGAACAUGGACAAGGAGGUGAUUCGGUCGGUCUUCGAGGCCAACAGAGGAAACAAGGACUUGACCAUAAACAGUCUGCUUCAAAUGAACGAAUAAUUUUUGUGAUCGAGUGUGCAUGUUACGCGAAAUUCAAUGGGCCAUUUUUAAUCACGGCGCUAAGGUAAGUGAAAUUCAAAGAUAUUUUACUAAAAGUAUUCUAAUCACACCGCACGUGAAUAGAAAUGUUUAAUUUCGCUAGAGGCUACGGUGUCUGAAUAACCUAUAUAAAAACCUCCAGUCGGUUAAUGUGCAACUUUAUUGACAUUCCUUUAUUACAAGAAACCCUGGAGUUUAUUUGCAGUGCCAAAAUUCAGUCUUUUGUAACCUGCCAUUUAAGUCGUUGUAAUUUAAAAUAUAUUAUAUA